AUAGUAGUUUAUAAAAUAGAAGGGGGAAAGUUAUUGCAACAGAUGUAAUGUAAUCUAUAUUAAAUAAUUAUAAAUAAAUUAUACUGAAUUCAUGCUUAUCACCAAAGUUCGUACAUAAGCAAGGAGAAAUGGCAACAGGUCUUAGAUUUCCACCUCUUCCAACAAUAAGAGAUAUGGUAAAACUGUACAAAGUAUCUGCAAUGAAGAAACUUUCACAAAAUUUUAUUUUAAAUGAGGACUUGACAGACAAAAUGGUGAAAAAGGCAGGAAAUCUUGCUGAAUCUUACGUAUUAGAAGUUGGUCCAGGCCCUGGCGGAUUAACUAGAUCGAUCUUAAGACAACAUCCGAAAGAAUUAAUUGUUGUAGAAAAAGAUACAAGAUUUAAACCUAUAUUAGACAUGUUAAUUGACGCUUAUGCAGCAGUUAAUGGUAAAAUGACUGUUAUCUAUGGGGAUAUCAUGAGAACAGAUUUAACUAACAUGUUCCCCGAAGCUGUAGCAACAACUUGGGAAGAAAAAGCUCCAAAAAUUCAUAUUAUUGGUAAUUUACCAUUUAAUGUAUCUACACCUUUAAUAAUUAAAUGGUUGCAAGCAAUUAGUGAAAGGAAAGGUCCUUGGGCGUUAGGGAGGACUAGAAUGACAUUAACAUUUCAAAAAGAAGUUGCUGAGCGUUUAAUUGCUGAACCAACAGAUAUUCAACGAUGUAGAUUAUCUGUAAUGGCACAAGCUUGGACGCGUCCAGUAUUACACUUUAUUAUACCAGGUACUGCCUUCCUUCCGAAACCAGACGUUGAUGUUGGAUUGGUAACGUUUGUACCUCUAGCUACUCCUCGUACAAAUCACGAGUUUAAAAUUUUUGAAAAAGUAACGCGGCAUAUCUUUAGUUUUCGUCAAAAAUAUAGUAUACGUGGUAUUGAGACAUUGUUUCCACUAAACUGUAGAGAAGAAUUAGGUGCGAUGAUGUACAAACUUUCUGACAUUGAUCCUCAUACAAGACCCAUGCAAUUAACAGUGGAUAAUAUAGAUAAACUUGUUAGCGCAUAUAAAUAUUUAGUAGAAAAACAUCCAGAAGUAGGUUUAUACGAAUAUCGAGCAUCUCGACGACUAUCAUUUUCGCAGGUAACGAAUGUCACAAUUCAAGAAUGUACAGAUUUAUGAAUCGACUAAUAAAAUAAACUCUUGUUCUUUUCACAAUGUA